GCACGAGCUGCUGCGCAUGAACAUCGUGCCCAUCAUCAACACCAACGACGCCGUGGUGCCCCCGCCGGAGCCCAACAGCGACCUCCAGGGGGUAAACGUGAUCAGCAUCAAGGACAAUGACAGCCUGGCCGCCCGUCUGGCCGUGGAGAUGAAGGCCGACCUGCUCAUCGCGCUGUCUGACGUGGAAGGCCUGUAUGACAGCCCCCCCGGCACAGACGAUGCCAAACUGCUGGACACCUUCUACCCCGGAGACCAGCAGUCCAUCACCUACGGCAACAAGUCCAGAGUGGGCAUCGGAGGAAUGGAGGCCAAGGUGAAAGCUGCUCUUUGGGCGCUGCAGGGCGGCACGUCAGUCGUCAUCGCCAAUGGGACAAACCCAAAGGUCACAGGUCACGUCAUUACUGACAUCGUCGAGGGCAAGAAGGUUGGCACCUUCUUCUCGGAGGUCAAACCCGCUGGACCUACUGUGGAGCAGCAGACAGAGAUGGCCCGGACUGCUGGUAGAACUCUGGCGUCCUUGCACCCUGACCAGAGGAGUGAGAUCAUCUGUGGCUUUGCCGAUCUUCUGACAGAGAAGAGGGAGGAGAUCUUAUCUGCCAAUAAGAAGGACAUGGAGCUGGCUGGCAAUGGAGGCCGUAUGACCCCUGCCAUGAUGAAUCGCCUGAGCCUGUCGUCGUCGAAGCUGAACAGCCUGGCCAUCGGCCUGCGCCAGAUCGCCGUGUCGUCGCAGGACAGCGUGGGCCGCGUGCUCCGCAGGACCCGAGUGGCCAACAACCUGGAGCUGGAGCAGAUCACCGUGCCCAUAGGGGUCCUGCUCGUCAUCUUUGAGUCCAGACCAGACUGCCUACCACAGGUCUCUGCUUUGGCCAUCGCGAGUGGUAACGCUCUUCUGCUGAAGGGAGGGAAGGAGGCCACACACACCAACCGCAUCCUGCAUGAGCUCGCCCAGGAGGCACUGGCCCUGCACGGAGUCAGAGACGCCAUCCAGCUGGUGAGCACGCGUGAGGAUGUGGAGGACCUGUGUCGUCUGGAGAAGAUGAUUGACCUGAUCAUCCCGCGCGGCUCCUCCCAGCUGGUGCGGGACAUCCAGCGCGCCGCUAAGGGCAUCCCCGUGCUCGGGCACAGCGAGGGCAUCUGCCACGUCUACAUCGACGCCGAGGCCAGCAUCGACAAGGUCAUCAAGAUCGUCCGAGACUCGAAGUGUGACUACCCAGCAGCCUGUAACGCCAUGGAAACCCUCCUGGUGCACCGAGACGUGCUGCGGGCGCCGCUCUUCGACCAGAUCAUCGACAUGCUGCGCACCGAACGGGUGAAAAUCCACGCCGGCCCCAGGUUUGCGUCCUACCUGACCUUCAGCCCGUCGGAGGUCAAGUCCCUGCGGACGGAGUACGGCGACCUGGAGUGCUGCAUCGAGGUGGUGGACAGCCUGCAGGAGGCCAUCGACCACAUCCACAAAUACGGCAGCUCACACACUGACGUCAUAGUCACAGAAAACGAGGAGACAGCAGAACAGUUCCUUCAGCAGCUGGACAGUGCCUGUGUGUUCUGGAAUGCCAGCUCUCGGUUCGCGGACGGCUACCGCUUUGGUCUCGGUGCGGAGGUUGGCAUCAGUACCGCCCGUAUCCAUGCCCGCGGGCCGGUGGGUCUGGAGGGGCUGCUCACCACCAAGUGGGUCCUGCGAGGGGACGGGCACACGGCGGCAGACUUCUCGGAGCAGGGCAGCAUGAAGUUCCUCCACGAGAACCUCCCCGUGGCACACCCCCUCCACGGGCAGAGGACCAGCAACUAGAACCGGCCCGCCCGCCCGCCCGCCCGCCCGCAACGCAGAACACAACAGAACCCGGAACCCUCAAAUACUCCCCAACGCAACGCCAGCCAAAGUGCUUGGAAUGAACCCCAGUGCUGAGAAGAAGGUUUUAAAACUGUAGCUGUAAAGGACACCACAGGUCGAGGGUCAAGGUCAAGGUCAGAGACUUCAGGAGUGCCAAGCAGACCUACAAGGAAGACCACAUUAGUGCAGCCACACAACACACACACACACACACACACACACACACACACACACCCCACUGUCAGCUGCUGUUCGCCUUCUCCAGUUUCCACAUCGCUUAGGACUGGGCCCUGUGAGGUCUACUUACCCACAAUCCACUGGACUAAAGAGUGGUGUUUUCUCCCCACGUCCCGCUGGUGUCCUACACCCCCCCCCCCCCUCUCUCUCUCUCUCUCUCUCUCUCUCUC